ACCAGUGACUGUCAAACUUGGCGCACGUGGGACCGGCCCUUUUCGGCACGCAAAAAAUGGCUACUGCAAGAAAUUUAAUUGGACUGUUAAGUACGAAGAACCUGAACGUGUUCGUGUCAUCGCAGGUCGGCAAAACGCCGUCCCGAUUCCUGCACCAGUGCGUUCAGUGCAACAGCAUCGGAGUCGUCAACGUUCACAUAACUAACCGCAUCCAAAGUAAAGUCACCAACGUAGAUAAAAGGAGUUUCCAUUUUACGAACGCAGUGAACGCCGCACGGAAGGAUUACUACGACAUAUUGGGGGUCAGCAGAAAUUCGUCGACGUCCGACAUCAAAAAAGCAUACUACAAAUUAGCCAAAAAGUACCAUCCUGAUGUAAACAAAGAGCCCGAAGCCCAGAAAAAGUUCCAGGAAGUCUCAGAAGCCUAUGAAAUUUUGGGGGAUGACUCCAAACGCAAACAAUAUGACACCUGGGGCUCAACAGCAGAGCAGAUGGGCGGAAUGGGUGCGGGACCAGGUCCUGGGCCCCACGGACCGCAGGGCUUCAGUCAGUCUUGGGAGUAUCAGUCAACCAUUGAUCCUGAGGAAUUGUUCAGGAAGAUUUUUGGGGAAGCUGGAUUUGGCAACAAGUCUCCAUUUGAGGACUUCUCUGAAUCCAACUAUGGGUUUGGAGAGGCUCAAGAGGUUGUUUUACGGGUGACAUUCAGUCAGGCAGCUCGCGGCACGAAUAAAGACAUCAACAUCAACGUGGUGGACAACUGUCCGAAAUGUAGGGGCUCGCGGUGCGAGCCCGGAACGAACGCGACCCGUUGCAACUUCUGCAACGGCACCGGAAUGGAGAGCGUAACCAGAGGGCCGUUCAUCAUGCGCUCCACCUGCCGCUACUGUCAGGGUUCGAGGAUGUAUAUAAAGCACAAGUGUACUGAAUGUGCCGGCAAGGGUCAGACGGUGCAAAGAAAAAAGAUUUCGGUGCCGGUGCCAGCGGGUAUAGAGGACGGACAGACCGUUAGGAUGUCGGUGGGCAACAAGGAACUGUUCGUCACCUUCCGCGUCGACAAGUCCGACUAUUUCAAGCGUGAUGGUGCUGACGUACAUACCGAGGCCGACAUAUCCGUGUCCCAAGCCCUUUUGGGAGGCACCAUCCGGAUACAGGGGCUCUAUGAGGACCACACCCUACAGAUUAUGCCAGGAACUUCAUCUCACACAAGGAUAAGAUUAAGUGGUAAGGGCAUGAAGAAAGUAAAUGGUCACGGGCACGGGGACCAUUACGUUACGUUUAAAGUAGUGAUACCAAAGCACCUGAACGAGAAACAAAAAGCUUUGGCGCAGGCCUACGCUGAACUGGAGAAGGACACGCCGGGCACGAUUUUAGGAAUUACGCUUAAAAAUGACGGUAAUAAGAUAAGUAUAACAGAGGGGGAACUGUUAAAGGCAAUCAAACUAGUAUUGGAAGGUAGGAAAAAUGUAGACAAUAAGGCAAAUAAGGGCAAGAAAGAUGAUGAGAUGAGUGAUACAGAACAUGAAACAGAAAUGAAACAGAAAAAUUGAAGAAAUUCCAUUGGUUAAUCAAAUUUUGCUGUAUAGUUGUUUUAGUUUUUAUAUUUUAUUUGUUAUAAAAAAUGUAGAUAAGAGUUGUUUUAUUUUUCUCUGAAUUCAAAUAAAAUAACCGAAUAAAGUUA